GUGUCAUUGCUCGGACUGAUGUGAUGGGUUUGGGAUCGAGAAGGGAUCGGGAUUCAGAUCGAGUUUGGGGACAGGGCUGUCGACGAUGAAGGAAGGGUUACCCUCAUCAUAUUUCAGGACAGAAAGAAAGGAAAGACGCUUUCUCGAAUCGUAAUUACGAAACAACAUGGAAAAAGGCUGCAUCGAACUGGGGCGGACUGGGAAGCAUGGGAAUGGCGGCAUUUGCAUACCCCUUUGGCGUUUUUUUGUCGGUUUCUUGAAUUCUAUGUUGCUCUUACACACCCUUUUUUCCUGCUGCGUGGGGGGUUUUUGCUUUUCAAAUGUGCCGCGAGGGUUUGAUGCAAGAAGGAUGAUAUCCGGUGUGUUUUGCGCUUUGAGAAUUGAGCGGGGGAGUUGGCGGCUUGCGCUGAAUUUUCAGCCGGGGGGGGUUUUUUUUUUGCUCGUCUACUGUUGUUGUUGUUGUUGGAGGAGGGAUGAGAGGCGGGGUGUAAAAUAGAGUAGAGAAUGAAAUCACCUAAUUCGAGAUUACUAGUUUCUUGUGCGUGGGAUGUGAGAUGGUCAUCAGGGUUAUCAUACUGUGAGUUCGUCGCUCGCGGUUCUCUAUCUUCUAAAGUGACGGGGGUUGGAACUUGUCCUCUCACCUCACCG